AUGUGUGGUAUCUUUGGUUACUGCAAUUAUCUGGUGGAAAGAUCCAGAGGAGAAAUCAUCGACACCUUAGUGGAUGGUUUACAAAGAUUAGAAUAUAGAGGCUAUGAUUCUACCGGUAUCGCUAUCGAUGGUGACGAAGCUGAUUCCACUUUUAUUUAUAAGCAAAUCGGUAAAGUGAGCGCUUUGAAAGAAGAGAUUACUAAGCAAAACCCAAAUAGGGAUGUUACUUUUGUCUCUCAUUGCGGUAUUGCGCAUACUAGAUGGGCUACUCACGGUCAACCAGAACAAGUUAACUGUCACCCUCAAAGGUCUGACCCAGAGGACCAGUUUGUGGUCGUUCAUAAUGGUAUCAUCACAAAUUUUAGGGAACUGAAGACCCUUUUAAUUAACAAAGGUUACAAAUUCGAAAGUGAUACUGAUACCGAGUGUAUUGCUAAACUAUAUUUGCAUUUAUACAAUACAAAUUUACAAAAUGGGCAUGAUUUAGAUUUCCAUGAAUUAACCAAGCUGGUUCUUUUAGAACUGGAAGGUUCAUACGGGUUAUUAUGUAAGUCUUGCCACUAUCCAAAUGAAGUUAUUGCCACCAGAAAAGGGUCUCCUUUACUGAUUGGUGUCAAAUCUGAAAAAAAACUAAAGGUUGAUUUCGUGGAUGUGGAGUUUCCCGAAGAAAACGCUGGCCAACCAGAAAUUCCGUUGAAAUCAAACAACAAAUCAUUUGGCUUGGGCCCAAAAAAAGCUCGUGAAUUUGAAGCUGGUUCCCAAAAUGCCAAUUUACUACCAAUUGCCGCCAACGAAUUUAACUUAAGACAUUCUCAAUCCAGAGCAUUCUUAUCAGAGGAUGGCUCCCCAACGCCGGUGGAAUUUUUUGUUUCCUCAGAUGCGGCAUCUGUUGUUAAACAUACCAAGAAGGUAUUGUUUUUAGAAGAUGACGAUUUAGCUCAUAUUUAUGAUGGCGAGUUACAUAUUCAUAGAUCUAGAAGAGAAGUAGGCGCAUCCAUGACAAGGUCCAUUCAAACUUUAGAGAUGGAAUUAGCUCAGAUUAUGAAGGGCCCUUACGACCAUUUUAUGCAGAAGGAAAUCUAUGAGCAACCUGAGUCUACUUUCAACACCAUGAGAGGUAGGAUCGAUUAUGAAAAUAACAAAGUGAUAUUGGGUGGUUUAAAGGCAUGGUUGCCGGUUAUUAGAAGAGCACGGAGGCUGAUCAUGAUUGCAUGUGGUACUUCUUACCAUUCAUGUUUGGCUACUCGUGCUAUCUUUGAAGAAUUAUCGGAUAUCCCAGUUAGUGUCGAAUUAGCAUCAGACUUUCUGGACAGAAAAUGCCCUGUUUUCAGAGACGAUGUGUGUGUGUUUGUUUCACAAAGUGGUGAAACUGCAGACACCAUGUUGGCUUUAAAUUAUUGUUUAGAAAGAGGGGCCUUAACUGUAGGAAUUGUUAACAGUGUCGGUUCUUCGAUCUCUCGUGUCACCCAUUGUGGUGUUCAUAUAAAUGCUGGUCCUGAGAUUGGUGUUGCCUCUACAAAAGCCUAUACUUCCCAAUAUAUUGCCCUGGUCAUGUUUGCUCUAUCGCUGUCAGACGACCGUGUAUCGAAGAUAGACAGAAGGAUUGAAAUUAUUCAAGGCUUGAAGUUAAUUCCGGGCCAAAUUAAACAAGUAUUGAAGUUGGAACCAAGAAUAAAAAAGCUCUGCGCCACUGAAUUGAAGGAUCAAAAGUCUUUGUUAUUAUUGGGUAGAGGUUACCAAUUUGCUGCUGCUUUGGAGGGUGCUUUGAAGAUCAAAGAGAUUUCUUAUAUGCAUUCUGAAGGUGUUUUAGCGGGUGAAUUGAAGCAUGGUGUCUUGGCCUUGGUCGACGAAAACCUGCCAAUCAUUGCUUUUGGUACCAGGGACUCUUUAUUCCCUAAAGUGGUUUCUUCUAUUGAACAAGUUACUGCCAGAAAGGGCCAUCCAAUUAUUAUUUGUAACGAAAAUGAUGAAGUGUGGGCCCAAAAAUCUAAGUCAAUUGACCUGCAAACCUUAGAAGUUCCACAAACUGUUGAUUGUUUACAAGGUCUAAUUAAUAUUAUUCCAUUACAACUAAUGUCAUAUUGGUUGGCUGUUAACAAAGGGAUCGAUGUUGAUUUUCCAAGAAACUUGGCUAAAUCUGUUACCGUCGAAUAA